AUGUCAUUAUUUCGUUUAGCCAAUAGAGGUCAAUUCACCGCUGCAGCGACUUCUACUACUAAAGCUAAUGGCGUCCCUGCCGCUGUUCAGGGCUUGAACUUUGCCCAGACUUACGGAAACGCUGAGCACCACCACCACAGCGGCAGAGCGGAUAGUCCAGCUAAGUUUGCCAUGGUGAACGGUUACGCGUCUACUAAGACUGUUUUUAAUUCACCAACACCUACCCGUAACUUCUCCACUUCCUCAAAAGCCUUAGAAACUACCCAAGUCCCUGAUUUCUCCCCUUACAAAAGCAAAAGCUCAGGCAACAACAAAGCUUUCUCAUAUUUGAUGGUCGGCUCAAUGGGUCUUUUAGCCUCAGCUGGCGCAAAGGCAACCGUCACUGACAUCCUCUCCAACCUCUCUGCCUCGGCUGACGUCCUUGCCCUCGCAAAAGCUGAAGUCGAUAUAUCGUCCAUCCCAGAAGGCAAGAACGCCACCAUCAAGUGGCGUGGUAAGCCUGUCUUCAUCAGACACAGAACACAAAGCGAGAUCCAAGAAGCUGACUCUGUCGCCAUGAGCGAGUUGAGAGACCCACAGAACGAUGCUGAUAGAUUCGAGACUCGCGAGUGGCUGGUCAUGUUGGGUGUCUGCACUCACUUGGGUUGUGUCCCUAUUGGCGAAGCUGGUGACUUUGGCGGUUGGUACUGCCCUUGUCACGGUAGCCAUUACGAUAUCUCGGGUCGCGCUAGAAAAGGUCCCGCUCCUACUAACCUUGAGGUCCCUGUCUACUCCCUUGAUGACGGCAAGUUGACCAUCGGUUAA